GUUGAGUUUUAACCUGGAGCACAGCUCUGCUUCUCCUGCUGCUAUCGAACAGACCAUAACUCUCAGUACCAAGCAACCAGGGUCUGUUUCAGGAUGGAGAUGUGCUUAUCGGCGGGCUCUUUAUUCUUCAUUAUGAAUCUCCAGCUAUAGACAAAGACUUCACUCAGCUGCCUCACUACAAACCUUGCACUGGUUUUGAACAAGAUCCAUUGCAAUAUAUAUAUGCCAUGGUGUUUGCAGUUGAGGAAAUCAAUCAUAGUAAAACACUGCUACCAGGUGUGAAGCUGGGGUACCAUAUUUCCGAUAGCUGUGGCCCACCGCUAUGGGCUCUCCGGGCAGCACUUUCACUAGUUGGAGGAGAUAGCACCAGCUGUAAUUCAGCAGAGCCUCCAGAUUAUUCUACAGAGGGAAUCAAAGAAAGGACAGGGGAUCGUCUCGUUCCCUUGAUCAUCGGUGGUGCUUCAACCGUAGAAGGCCAGAUACUCUCCAGGAUCCUGGGUCCACUCUCUGUACCUUUAAUCAGCUACUUGGCUAGCUGCCCCUGUCUGAAUGACAGGCUUCAGUAUCCUAACUUCUUCAGAACCAUCCCCAGUGAUAUUUACCAAGCUCGGGCCAUUGCCCAGCUUGCUAUACGCUUCAAUUGGACCUGGAUCGGAGCAGUGAUAGCAAACAACGAUUAUGGCCAUGUGGCAAUAAAGGUAUUUCAGGAGGAAACUCAGGGGGCAAGGGUGUGUCUGGCAUUUGUAGAGACCCUCGACAGGGAAAACAUUGUGAGUGAUGCCAGGCGAGCAGCACUCACUAUUCAGGCCUCUGCUGCAAGGGUGAUUCUGAUGUUUACCUGGUAUACAGAUGUGAAGGAACUUUUCAUGCAACUAGCUAAGAUAAAUGUGACUGACAGACAGUUUCUGGCCAGUGAGGCUUGGAGCACCAGUGGAGAUCUUCUCCAAAAUGUUGUCACCUCUAAAGUGGCAAGUGGUGUUGUUGGUGUUGCCAUUCGAAGUUCAGCCAUGCCUGGAUUUGAAAAUUAUCUCAGAAAUUUGAAUCCAAUUCAUCAUCCGGAUGAUGAGUUCUUAAAAGAAUUCUGGCAAGCCAAAUUUGGAUGCGCUCCUGAGGCCACAAAUCUUUUUUCAUAUUCCCCUUCAUCCUUUAAAUCUGUAACUCUUACACAAAUGUAUGGCAAAGGUCAUCCAUUAAAUAUUUCUGCUUCAUCUCCUGCCAAGGGGUCCCUUCAGAAAGCUUCUCUACCACCCUGCAGUGGGACAGAGUCCCUUGAGGGAGUGGAGCAUCCCUUUACAGACACCUCUCAGCUAAGGGUGACAUAUAAUGUCUACCUUGCUGUUUAUGCUGCAGCCCACGCCCUUCACCGCCUUCUCUCCUGCCCCGAUGGAGACAGCUCUCCCAGAAACAACAGCUCCACCUGCUCUUAUUUGAAACACUUUGCACCCAUAGAGCUGUUGCAGCACUUGAACAACGUCAAUUUCACCACACCACAAGGGGAAAUGUUUUAUUUCCAAGGAGCUGAUAUUCCAGCAAAGUACGACCUUGUCAAUUGGCAGAAGACCCUGGAGGGGUCACAAAAACUUGUCUUGAUUGGUCGGGUUGAUGGGCUUGACCUCCACCUUAAUGAAUCAGCUAUUCAGUGGAGCACAGGAUCCAAUCAGGUGCCAAUUUCAGUAUGCAGUAAGAGCUGCCCCCCAGGCACCCGAGAGGCCAACAGGAAAGGAGAACCUCUCUGCUGCUUUGACUGUAUCCCAUGUGCUGCAGGGGAGAUUAGCAAUAAAACUGGUUCCCUUCACUGUGAGCGUUGUCCAUUGGAGUUCUGGUCCAAUGUUGAACGAACUGCCUGCAUCCCUCGCCAGCUGGACUUCCUUUCCUUUAAUGAAAUUCUGGGAAUUACCCUGACUACAGCAGCUGUGUUUGGCACCAUUGUGACAACAGCUGUGUUUAUGGUGUUUCUUUGCUACCGUCAAACACCUAUGGUGCGAGCCAACAAUUCAGAACUGAGCUUCCUGCUUCUUCUGUCACUGAAGCUCUGCUUCCUGUGCUCACUGGUGUUCAUUGGUCGCCCAUCAGUCUGGUCUUGUCGGUUACAGCAGGCAGCCUUUGGAAUCAGCUUUGUUCUUUGUGUUUCCUGCCUCCAAGUCAAGACCAUAGUUGUUUUGGCAGCGUUCCGCUCAGCUCGGCCUGGUGCUGAAGCCUUGAUUAGGUGGUUUGGUCCUGGCCAACAGAGAGGAAGUGUCUGCCUUCUUACUUGUAUACAGAUUAUCAUCUGUGCCAUAUGGCUGUCCCUCAGCCCCCCAGUGCCUCAACGUGAUUUGGGUUUCCAAGGGUCAAAGGUCACCCUGGAGUGUGCCAUGGCCUCUGUGGUGGGCUUCUCUCUGGUUCUGGGUUACAUUGGCCUGCUGGCCUGCACCUGCCUCCUCUUGGCCUUUCUUGCUCGGAAACUCCCUGACAACUUCAAUGAGGCCAAACUGAUCACCUUCAGCAUGCUGAUAUUCUGUGCUGUUUGGGUGGCCUUUGUCCCUGCUUACGUUAGCUCUUCUGGGAAAUACACUGUUGCUGUGGAGAUUUUUGCAAUCCUGGCCUCUAGCUACGGUUUACUGUUCUGCAUUUUUGCUCCAAAGUGUUUCAUCAUUCUUCUGAGGCCUGAGAAAAACAAUAAGAAACACAUUAUGGCCAGGUAGCAUAGCUAAAUUAACUAUUUACAUAUUUUAGUUAAUCAAAUAUGCCCAAAUUAUCACAGUAGAGCCAUUGUUUAGAUCCUCUUAGUUUUAAUUAUUUUUCAAUUUGCAUGCAUUUACUAUAUGUACUUGUGACAAGUGGUAUGUGACAAUAUAGUUUAUAACUCAUUUUGAGAUUAAAUAAUUCAUUUGAAAAGUGAUUACAGUGUAUUACAGUACUACAGUACUCCAUUUUUGGGACAUUUAUAAUAGCUAAAAUUUACAAUAGAGUUUAUAUUAACUUUGUCACUGUUUAAAACUAUACAGCAAGUAAUAGGAGGAGGAAUACAGAUAAUACUGAUAUCCUUGUAUGUGUGGGUUAAUUGUUCGCUGAUGUGUUGGUAAUGCCUCGGGGCUCCGGUAGGAGGAGUGAAGGCGAGAGCUGCGUGUGUGUUUCUUCAUCCUUUUCCCGUUACUUUUCCCCUUUUUAAGAUAAUUACCACUCACAAAUCACUGUAAACCUAAACACAUUUUGAUAAUAUAUUUUAGUUUGUUACUGUGGUUUUAUGUGAGUGAUAAAGAUGUUUUUGCACUUG